AUGUCAGCCAGCCUCUUCCCAGCCCACCAGCUCCCGGGGCUGCUAGAUGAGCUGCACGGCAGAGCCCCGCAAGUGCCCUGCCCGGAGGGGCUGCUGAGCAGAUCCGUGGUGGACUUCGUGGCCGACCUCUCCCUGGGGUCUCCCCAGGCUGCCCCCCGGGCUGGGCCGGGACUGAGGCUCUGCGAGGUCACCUCUGGGCCUCCCUUCGGAGACAGAGCUCUGUCGCUCCGGGAGGAGAUGGCCCGCGGGCUGCCCCUGGUUGCCUUCAGAGAUGGAAAUCCGGAAGACGAAGAAGAGGAGGAGGAAGAGGAGAGGAUGCACAGCACUUCCCUCCUAGACAGACCCAGGAGAAAGAGAGUUAUCACCUACGCCCAGCGCCAAGCGGCCAACAUACGAGAGAGGAAGAGGAUGUUCAACCUCAACGAGGCUUUUGAUCAGCUGAGGAAGAAGGUGCCCACCUUCGCCUACGAGAAGAGGCUCUCCCGGAUAGAGACACUGCGCUUGGCCAUAGUGUACAUCUCGUUCAUGACUGAGCUCCUAGACGGCUGCAGCAGGCAGUAG